CGCAAAUCAAACACAUGCGCUUGAUUCGAUAGAAAAAUGGCCGACGAACAGUUACCCGCCGGAUGGGAAAAACGGAUGAGCCGAUCUACCGGCCAGCAUUAUUAUCUAAACGUAUACACGAAGGAAUCUCAAUGGGACGUUCCGGACAAACCUGCAGGUCCUGCCUCUUCGGCAGGACCAGAUCAAGUCCAGUGUUCUCAUUUAUUAGUUAAACACAGGGAUUCCAGACGACCCUCUUCCUGGAAGGAGGAAAAUAUUACCCGUACCAAGGAAGAAGCCCAUGAAUUGGUGAAAUCCUAUAGGGAACAAAUAGUGUCAGGUAAGGCCUCGUUUGCGGAAUUGGCUUCCAAACACUCAGACUGUUCCUCGGCAAAGCGUGGGGGCGAUUUGGGCCCCUUUGGCAAAGGGGCCAUGCAAAAACCCUUUGAAGAGGCCUCCUUUGCCCUAAAAGUGGGGGAAUUGUCCGAACCUAUUUUUACUGACUCUGGUUGUCACAUUAUUUUACGUACUGUUUAAGUGAAAUUGAAAAAAUUGCUCCAUUUUAAAAGAUGUAUACCACUAACUUGUCUUGUUUAGAGAAUGUUGUAAUAAUUUUGUAUCUUUUACUGUAAUAAUUAUUCAUAAAUGUAAAUUUGCUAAUUUAGUCUUUUAUUAGCUUAAGGCAUUUAAUAUUUAAGGAUUAAUAUUUUCAUUUUGUUACUGUUGAUAUUUAUUAGUGUUCACAAUAAAUAUUAUUUCGCCAA